AUGCACUCCCUUAUCCGCGCCUCCCGCACCGGCAAGUAUGCUGGCCUCUCGCGCAACAUGAUUGCGAGGAACAUGAACUCCAAGGUCAACGGCCCGGUCAUCGGCAUUGACCUUGGGACGACCAACUCUUGCGUGUCCGUGAUGGAGGGCAAGACGGCGCGUGUGAUUGAGAACGCCGAGGGUGCACGCACAACACCCUCCGUCGUCGCCUUCACCAAGCACGGCGAGCGCCUCGUCGGUCUCCCGGCGAAGCGUCAGGCGGUUGUCAACCCGCACAACACCGUAUUCGGCUUCAAGCGUUUGAUUGGUCGCCAGUUCAAGGACAAGGAGGUCAAGGACGACGCUGCUCACUGGCCAUUCAAGAUUGUCGCCCAAUCAGACGGGAGGCCAGCGAUUGAGGUUGACGCCAGCGGCAAGCCUCAGAAAUACUCGCCCGAGGAGCUCUCGUCGAUGGUUUUGGUCAAGAUGCGCGAAACCGCAGACCAAUAUCUGGGCAAGAAGGUCAACCAUGCCGUUGUCACUGUCCCCGCCUACUUCAACGACGCCCAGCGCCAGGCAACGAAGGACGCUGGCCAGAUCGCCGGUCUCGACGUUCUCCGUGUUAUCAACGAGCCUACCGCAGCCGCCCUCGCCUAUGGUCUUGACAAGUCGGCGAACUCGGUCGUCGCUGUCUACGACUUGGGUGGUGGUACUUUUGAUAUCUCCAUCCUCGAGAUGCAGUCCGGCGUCUUCGAGGUCAAGUCGACCAACGGUGACACCCACUUGGGUGGCGAGGACUUCGACGUCGUGCUCGUUCAGCACAUUCUUAACGAGUUCAAGAAGGAGGCCAACAUCGACCUCAGCCAAGACCGCAUGGCUAUCCAGCGUAUCCGUGAGGCCGCCGAGAAGGCUAAGAUUGAGCUCUCGUCUACGUCCCAGACGGAGAUCAACUUGCCCUUCAUUACCGCGGACGCUACCGGCCCCAAGCACAUCAACUUGAAGAUCAACCGUAGCCAGUUCGAGGGCCUCGUCGCAUCGCUCAUCGAGCGUACCCUCGAGCCUUGCAAGAAGGCGCUCCAGGACGCUGGCGUCAAGGCGUCGGAUAUCAACGACGUUAUCCUCGUCGGUGGUAUGACUCGUAUGCCCCGCGUUGUCGAGACCGUCAAGCAGAUCUUCGGCCGCGAGCCCUCGAAGGGCGUUAACCCUGAUGAGGCCGUCGCCAUUGGUGCCGCUAUCCAGGGUGGUGUCCUCGCCGGCAACGUCACGGACAUUCUCCUCCUCGACGUCACCCCUCUUUCGCUCGGUAUCGAGACGCUCGGUGGUAUCAUGACCAAGCUCAUCUCGCGUAACACGACCAUCCCGACCAAGAAGAGUCAGGUCUUCUCGACUGCCGCUGACGGUCAAACCGCCAUCGAGGUCAAGAUCUACCAGGGCGAGCGUGAGCUCGUUCGCGACAACAAGCUCCUCGGCAACUUCAACCUUGUCGGCAUCCCGCCUGCGCCCAAGGGUGUCCCUCAGAUCGAGAUUACCUUCGACAUCGACGCCGAUGGUAUCGUCAACGUCUCGGCCAAGGACAAGGCGACGAACAAGGACCAGUCCAUGACCAUCGCCUCGUCGUCAGGUCUCUCCGACAAGGAGAUCGAGCGCAUGGUUGCCGAGUCCGAGCAGUACGCCGAGGCUGACAAGGCCCGCCGCGACCUCAUCGAGGAGUCGAACAAGGCCGAGUCCGUCUGCGCCGAUACCGAGAAGGCGAUGAACGAGUUCAAGGACCAGCUCGACGCGACGGAGAAGGAGAAGGUCAACAAGCUCAUCGGCGAGCUCCGCGCCAUCGCCGCGCAGGCACAGUCCGGCGACGCCUCGGUCUCUGCGGACGCCAUCCGCGAGAAGAUCAACGAGACGCAGCAGGCGAGCUUGGGUCUCUUCCAGAAGGUGUACGAGAAGAGGAACGCUGAGGAGCAGGCCAAGGAGGCGCCCGCUGAGGAGAAGAAGGACAACUAA